GCCCUACCUCUUGGACUUCCAACUUCUGUGUCAAUAUAGUGCCUCUUGCAUUUAAGAAACAUCUCAUCGGACUCUCAUCAGCAUUGAGUUUAAAUUUCAAUUAGUGAGAACUGAGAAAAAUCCAAGAAGCCUACAUUCCACAGCUCAAGAUGUUGCCGAGGCUCCACGCUCUCAUGGGAAUAUGUUCUGAGCUCUCUGGCCUGUCACCACAGGAUCACUCUUCUGAAGAGACUUCCUGGAGGACACUGAUGAGAUGCCUACAGGAAACCUGAUGAGAAUGCUGAUCACCACACACUCACUGCCUCUGCUUUUAUUGUUGCUGCAGCUGCUGCAGCCACUGCAGUUUCAAGACAUGUAUUAUGAAGAUUUUUAUUUACCAGUAUCUAGAACUGAAGAAGACUUUGAAGACUUUAUAGUAGAAUUUCAAAGUACAGGGCCCACCAGACCACCUACCAAAGAAAAAGUCAAAAGACGCAUCCUCGUUAAUCCCGGAAUGCCAUUAGGUGAUAGUGGCUACUGUAAUUAUCAAAUAAUGAGAAAAAACGUUUACUACAAAUACAGUUGUGUGACAGAACAUUACUUCCUUCUUAUGCAAUAUGACGAGCUGGAAAAAACCUGUUACAACAGAUUUGUGCCAUGUAAGAAUGGGAUUAGGAAAUGUAACAGGAGCAAGAAAUUAGUAGAAGGAGUGUAUUGUAAUUUAACGGAAGCAUCUAACCUACCAAUGUGUCAAUACGAAUCAUUUUAUAGGAGGGGAUAUGUCCUUAUCACUUGUACAUGGCAAAAUGAAAUACAAAAACUUAUUCCUUAUACUAUAAAUGAUAUCGUGGAGCCACCUAACCACAGAAGUUUACUUAAUGAGGAUGGUGUCUUUGUCGUACCACCGUAGCAGAGUUUUCUCUGAGAGCUUACGGUGGGAGGAUAUAAUCCUCUCCAUAAUGAUCCUUAUAGAUCAAAGUUGAGAAUGGCAGUUUUGCUUCCACUCACUUUAAUCACCCACCUUCCUUUCUUCCUUUCCCAACGCCUCACAAAGGCACCAUAAGCAAGGUUCACAGACAGUGCUCUGAGAUGUGAUCCCAUGCAGGUCCCACAAGUUAGCAUGCCUUGAAUGUGUUAUGGAUACAAAUGCCUGCAGUGGAAGGAUGACCAGCACCAAGAGAAACAGAAAAUGGUUGCCUGCAGUGUCCUCUAAAGACACAUCCAUUUGAUUCUCUAGUUCACCAGAAAGAAUAAAAAGUGCUUCAAUCUA